AUGGCCUGCGAGGACUUGACCAGAGUCGCAUCUUCUUCCGCGGGAACUGGUUCAGUAGCAGCGGCCUUCUCAGGCUUGUCUACCAAAUUCUAUCCUGGGGAUGAUUUCAUUGAGCAAAACACAAAUCAAAGAAACCUAGAUCCAUGUGACAAAGAAGAUGCAGAGCAGACUGCUCGUUUAAGGUCGUGCCAUGACUAUGAGAUAGAUGUUCCCAUCACUCCACCAUAUGUGGAGCCCAAAUAUACAAUAAACAAGAACUGUAUUCAUCUCAGAGCAGAAGAAUUAUCACCUGAUUGUACUACCUUUCACAUUACAGAUGCAGACAAAGACAUGUUAGAAAGCCUGGGAAGCCAAUCUGCUGUUAAACCACUGUUACUUAAAGUGCCACUUAUUAGAGAUAAACCAGAACAGUGUACUAUUAAGGAACUGAAAGAGAGAACGUCCAUCAAUUCAGAUACAUCUGUGGAUCUCGCUCUAGAAGAUGAUUGGGGCAAAUUGGGGUCAAACAUGAAAAAUGCUCGCAUCAUUGAACAAUUGAAAAUUAAUAUUCCCAGUACAGAAAACCUUAAUCCAACCGAAAUAGACUCAUUCAAGCCAAUUAUUUACAACAAUCUGGAAAGAAUUUCAGAAGAGGUUUCUCCAAUAAUUCAGAAGACUAGUGAAAAACAGUCCUCCUGCCGUGAUUCUUCUCUGUCUGUGACAAACGUCUCAUCCUCACAGAUCAAUGUAAUCUUUAUGGACCCCAUUAACAAUGCAGAUAUGAAUACAGAUUAUAUGAAAGCAAUUAUACAUGGUGGAAAAAAUGAUCAACCAAAAGUAGUUUUACCUUUACUCAAUAAUGAAAAGUUUAAGCAGUAUCUAACACCAACCAAAGAAAUAUUAUCGGAUUGCCAUGUGAACCAAGCAAGCACUAGUCAGCAGCAAUCCCACAACUCAUAUACAAGUUUGGAAGGAAGUCAAAGUGGGUACAAUACCCAAGCAAAAGAACAUGGUGAUCUGCUUUCUAGUUUUAUUGCUCUAAGAACCAAACAGUCAUUGGGCCACGGUGACCGCAAACAUGAAAAUAAUGUUUUAUAUCAAGAAAAAAGUGAACCACAGAAAAGCAGAUCCAAAGUUAUUUCUGACACCAUGCAUGAAGAGUUUACUAAGCAGCAGAUAAUAACAGUCCAUGUUAUGCCUUCUGCUAGCCAGUGUCAGGCUUAUCAGAUCAUUCAUGCUGCUGCUGAACCCGUACUAAACAAACUUGUCUGCCUUGAAGUGCUUGCAUGCUUGAAGUGGAACUUUACUUCAGUAACUUUUGAUUGCACACGUUUUUUGUUACGGAAGCAAGAGAGAAUAAUGAGCGAUAUCAGCAAAUUGGGAAAUAAAAGCGACAAGGGCGUAAUUAUAUUCCAGAAUGCAGCUCUCCUGCACAGCCUGGUGAUACUCCGAGACCUCAUUUUGAUGUGUUCCUUGGAUGCCACUCUAGAAUACUUGAGUAAAGCGAAGCAGGAAUACAAAAGCGUUCUUGGACCCUAUUUAGAUGAUAUGUGGAGAAAGCUGAGGAUUGUUCAGUUUGUCAGAGAUAAAGCAGAAGAACCAAAUCCAAAAAUCACAGCAUUAUUAAAGUGGAUGGAGAGGGCAAAUGUGGAACGUGAACUUCUUAAAAGCAUGAGGAUCAUCUAUAUGAGAAAACCAGUAGGCAAGGACACAACAACCUGUGUGAAUUCCGAUUGA